AUGUCGAUGCUCCCGACUUUUGGCUUCACCCAAGAGCAAGUGGCCUGCGUCUGCGAGGUGCUCCAGCAAGGCGGCAACAUCGAGCGGCUGGGGCGGUUCCUCUGGUCCCUCCCUGCCUGCGAGCACCUCCACAAGAACGAGAGCGUCCUGAAGGCCAAGGCGGUGGUGGCCUUCCACCGGGGCAACUUCCGCGAGCUCUACAAGAUCCUGGAGAGCCACCAGUUCUCGGCGCACAACCACCCCAAGCUGCAGCAGCUCUGGCUGAAGGCGCACUACAUCGAGGCGGAGAAGCUGCGGGGGCGACCCCUAGGGGCGGUGGGCAAGUACCGGGUGCGCCGCAAGUUCCCGCUGCCCCGCUCCAUCUGGGACGGCGAGGAGACCAGCUACUGCUUCAAGGAGAAGAGCCGCAGCGUCCUCCGGGAGUGGUACGCGCACAACCCCUACCCGUCCCCCCGCGAGAAGCGGGAGCUGGCCGAGGCCACCGGCCUCACCACCACCCAAGUCAGCAACUGGUUCAAGAACCGCCGGCAGCGGGACCGUGCCGCCGAGGCCAAGGAAAGGGAAAACAACGAGAAUUCCAACUCCAACAGCCACAACCCGCUCUCGGCGUCAAUGAACGGGAAUAAGACAGUUUUGGGGAGCUCAGAGGACGAGAAGACGCCGUCAGGGACCCCGGAUCACACCUCCUCCAGCCCCGCGCUGCUGCUCAGCUCCAACCCCGGGCUGCAGCCUCUGCACGGCCUGGGCCACCCCCAGGGCCCCAGCGCCAUCCCCGUGCCCAGCGCCGACCCCAUGCACCACCACAGCUUGCAGGACUCCAUUCUCAACCCCAUGUCAUCUAACUUGGUCGAUCUGGGCUCUUAA